UGGGUGGGCUCAGGGGCCAGAGCUGGAUCAUGUGGCCGCAAUGAAGACUGUUGAAGCCCAGAGAGGCGGUCCGGAUCAGAGCAGCUCAACAGUGGGGAGAAAGGACAACAAGAAGCGUGCGACUUUUACCCUCCAUGCAUUUGUGUUAAGCCAGAAAAAAUGAACAUCAUGUGCGGCUCAUAAUCAAACCCCAGACAUAUCUGUUGUAUACAAGCAGAUUGUCCCAGUCUCGCUGUCCCCCCACUCUAGUCUGCAAGCCCAGGGUCAUGGCUGAGGAGGACUAUGGGCGCUUUGUGGACUGGGAUCAGAUGGGCGAUCUGGCCAAGAGCAGCGGCCCGAGCAAGCUGGACUGCAAGGACCAGCGCGAGCUGAAGCAGCUGGCCCGCCAGGGCUACUGGGCCAAGAACCACAAGCUGCGGGCCCAGGUCUACCAGCAGCUGAUCAAAGCCAUCCCCUGCCGCACCGUGACCCCGGACGCCGAGGUCUACCGAGACAUCGUGGAGAACGUCGUGGGCAAGCGGGCUGCCGCCAGCAUCCCCUUGCCGGAGUUUGUGGACGGCAGCCCUGUGCCCAAGUACUGCCUGAAAGCGGACGGCGUGGGUGCGGCCCACAAGAUCAUGUCGUGCGUGGCCAGCCAGUUCCCCGACAUCUCCCACUGCCCCGCGCUGCCCGCUGUCACCGCGCUCCUGCUGCACUUCAGCACCGACGAGGCGUACUGCUUCGAGCAGGUGUGCCGCCUGCUGGCGUGCAACGAGCCAGGCCGACGCAUGCUGGACCAGACCUUCCUGGCCUACGAGUCGUCCUGCAUGACCUUCGGUGAUCUGGCCAACAAGUACUGCCCCACCGCCCACAAGCUGAUCGUGGCCACUGCCCAGGACGUGCUGGAGGUGUACUCGGACUGGAUGCACUGGGUGCUGGGCGACCUGCCCUUCUCCCACGUGGCCAGGGUCAUGGACGUCUUCCUGGUGGAGGGCUACAAGGUGCUGUUCCGCGUGGCCCUGGCCCUCCUCAAGUUCUACCGCAAGCAGAAGUCCGGCCAGCAGCAGCAGCCCGCCGGCCAGGACACGGGCGGCGUGCGGGGGAGCAUCCAGGCCUUCGUCCGGGGCAUCGCCUCCUGCGUCUCCCCGGACAAGCUGCUGGAGAAGGCCUUCGCCAUCCGCCUCUUCAGCCGCAAGGAGAUCACGCUGCUGCAGCUCACCAACGAGAAGUCCCUGCAGCAGAAGGGCAUCACCGUCAAGCAGAGAAGGCGAAAUGUGCAGCUGGCGGUGAAUGCGGAGAACUUCUCCUCGGCGAUCGUCAGCGCCAAGGAGAUGCGGGACAUCUGGUCCUGGAUCCCAGAGCGCUUCGCCCUGUGUCAGCCCCAGCUCCUCUUCACCACAGCCGAUCACGGCUGCAGCCUCAACAGGUUCUACUCCCAUUGCGAGGGUUUUGAGCCCACUCUGCUCCUCAUCAAGACCACUGAUGGAGAGAUGUGUGGUGCUUACCUGUCCACUGACUGGGAGGAACGCAAGCGAGGUGGGAACAAGCUCAGCUUUUUCGGGACAGGGGAGUGCUUCGUGUUCAGGAUGAAGCCAGAGAUGGAGAGGUAUGAGUGGGUGGUGAUCCGGCACCCGGAGCUGGCAUCAGCCGUUCCGGGUCAAAUUGAAGAGCCCUCUGAGGGGGAGCCUGCCACCCCGCCCCAAAACUCAGACAAAAACACCCUCCCUGCAGCCGAUCCCCGGACCGACCCCUCUGACCGCCUCUCUCCCUUCCUGUCCGCCCGUCACUUCCACCUCAACUCCAGGAACACCUCCAUGUUCAUGGCCGGCAACGUUGACUCCAUCAUCGUGGGAGGGGGCGAAGGCAAUGCCCUGUACAUAGAUGCAGAGCUGAACCAUGGUCGCACCGCACGCUGCACAACCUUCGACAAUCCGCCGCUGUGCAGUGAAACCUUCCAGAUCGCCAUUCUGGAGGUGUGGGGCUUCCAGGACACCAUGAGUUCCUAACUGGGUCCGGAACGGGAGAGAACAGCCCCAGUUGCACUUCACCCUGAGCUGAGUCCGUCCCUCUACGGCUGCACUACACGGAUCCGGGCGUAUUUAGAGUCCAGGACAUGGUCGCAUUAAAUGAGUAGUGAGCAUUCUGGGUAUUUAUUUAAGGACAAAUAGGCAUCA